AUGACAACAACAUUCCUUCUCCUCCUCUUAUGUUCUUUCAUCAAAUCAUCAGCUUCCAAAAGAACUAAUCAAGAUCACCUUCCAAGAGGCUCCUCUCUAUCUAUUGAUGAAAAUUCUCAACUCUUAACCUCCUCAGACAACACUUUCACCUGUGGUUUCUAUUCCUUCCAGACCAACGCUCACUGGUUUGCAAUAUGGUUCACAAACUCCAAGGACCGCACCGUGGUGUGGACGGCCAACCGCAACACACCUGUCAAUGGCCAUGGUUCGAAGGUGACGUUUCAGAGAGAUGGAGCAAUGGUUUUAACCGAUGUGAAUGGCAUGGUUGUGUGGCAGACCAACACAACCUCAACCGAUGUAAAUAGAGCAGUGCUGCUUAAUACUGGUAAUCUUGUAUUGAAGAACCGAAAAGGUCAGAUUCUUUGGCAAAGCUUUGAUUAUCCAACUGAUACUCUUUUGCCUUCUCAAACCCUAACAAAGAGCAAAAGCUUGAUAUCUGCUUCCAGAAAAGGAAGCUUUCAAUCUGGGUAUUUUAGUUUGAACUACAACAGCAAUAAUGUUUUAACACUGAGUUACGAUGGCCCAGAAAUAUCAAGUGUGUAUUGGCCAAGUCCUAAUCCAAGUUUCAGUGUUUGGGAUUAUGGAAGAACCUCUUAUAACAGUAGCAGAAUUGCAGUUUUUGAUGGCAUGGGUGUGUUCAUUUCAAGCGAUAGGUGGCGAUUUAGUGCUUCAGAUAUGGGUUUUGGGAUCAAGAGGAGGUUAACCAUGGACUAUGAUGGUAAUCUCAGAGUUUAUAGCUUGAAUGAGUCGAGUGGAUUAUGGUUGAUUACAUGGCAGGCCAUUGCACAACCAUGUAAUGUUCAUGGAAUUUGUGGGAGAAAUGGGAUUUGUACACACGGAGAAAAACUCGAAUGUUCAUGCCCGCCUGGUUAUGAAUGGAGUGAUCCUACUGAUUUAACUCAGGGUUGUAUGCCACCUUUCAACAAAACAUGUGGAAACUCUACAAGCUUUGGAUUUUUGGAACUGCCUCAUACAGAUUACUAUGGCUUUGAUCUAAACUUCAGUUCACCCAUUUCGUUCGAAGCUUGUAGGGACCUCUGCUUGGAAGAUUGCAGUUGUGAAGCAUAUAAUUAUCGACUAACAGGUGAAGGUUUUUGCUUUACUAAAAGUGCCCUUUUCAAUGGCUACCGAUAUCCUUACUUCCCAGCAGUUACCAUCUACUUGAAAGUACCAAAAGGCAUGGAAACACAAGAACCUGCCUCAAUCCUUACUACUUCUUUGGAUGCAUGUUCAGAUGUCACAGUUAUGGUGGGUUCUCCAUCUAUGUAUGAAUCAUCUGCCAGAAAGGUGAAAUGGGUUUAUCUUUACUCGUUUGCUAUAGCAAUUGGCGUGGUUGAAGUUUUGAUUAUCGUAUUGGGGUGGUGGCUUUUCUAUGGAAGAAAUGCGCUCCUAGUGAGCCUAGAAGAUGGGUACCGUAUGAUAUCAAGCCAGUUUCGGGGUUUUAGUUAUCAAGAACUGACGAAGGCGACACAAAACUUUAAGGUGGAGAUAGGGCGAGGAGGCUCAGGGGCCGUGUAUAAAGGAAUUCUUGAAGACGAAAGGGUGGUGGCUGUGAAAAGGCUGGGAGAUGUGACCGGAGGAGGAGAGUUUUGGGCAGAAGUGAGCACUAUCGGCCAAAUCAAUCACAUGAAUCUAGUGCGAAUGUGGGGAUUCUGCUUGGAGAAAAAGCACAGACUUAUAGUUUACGAGUACGUGGAAAAUCUUUCUCUCGACAAAAGAUUGUUCUCCUCAAGUUUUCUCCAAUGGAAAGAACGGUUUAAAGUUGCAAUAGGCAUCGCAAAAGGUUUGGCUUAUCUACACCAUGAGUGCCUAGAGUGGGUUAUUCAUUGUGAUGUAAAGCCGGAAAACAUUCUUUUAGAUCAUGCAUUUGAACCAAAGAUUGCAGAUUUCGGUCUAGCAAAGUUGUUUGAGAGAGGUGGACAAAAUUCGGAGUUCACUAGGGUCAGAGGGACAAAAGGAUAUAUGGCUCCAGAAUGGGCUCAUAACCUGCCUAUCACAGCAAAAGUGGAUGUGUACAGCUACGGGGUUGUGGUUUUGGAAAUGGCAAGGGGAAUUCGACUCUCUAGUAUGAUCGUGCACGACGGAGAAGAGGAAGAAUCAGAGCUUAUGAGGUUUAUAAAGGUAACGAAAACAAUGAUCCAGAAAGAAAAUACGUUAUGGAUUGAAGAUAUUAUUGAUCCAAGGUUGGAAGGGUUAUUUAGUAGGCAGCAAGCUGCAAAACUGGUUGAGAUCGGUCUUAGCUGUGUGGAGAAUGACAGAAAUAAAAGGCCAACAAUGGAUUCAAUAGUCCAAGUUCUAAUUGAUUGCGAGUUUGAGUAGAUGUGCAUGCUACAAACAAUAUGAAUUUCAAUUUGAUAUGUUUUUUGUUCUAA